AGGCUUUAGUAAUUUACUUCCGCGUUCAGUUAUUUGGUUUUCGAUCUUACAAAAUGAAUUUUUGAUCAGAUUAUUAAUCAUGUCUGAUUCACAAUACUGGGCACAACGUAUACAUAAUGACAGCAACGCAGCUACUGAAAAAUUGUUUGAAAUUCGGAAGAGACUGAAAGUUUUUAGAGAUGACCCAGGGACUAUACAGACAAAUCCAAAGGGAGCUUUUGACGAAUUCCUCAGAUGUAUGAAUGAAACUGUUGACUUUUGCACCGACAUGAAGAGAAAAUAUGUACCAGAUGCAAAAAACUCCGGAGUUGACCAAGCAGCAUCACGGGAAGUGAAGAGACUGCAGGAAAAGGCGCAGUCCCUCGAGGAUCGGCUAGCGGAGGCCCUGAAGGCGAAGGAUCAGGCUCUCAAUAGAUUAAGUGACAUACAGUGUCGUCUGCUGAAACAAGGGAACCCGGACAUCGCGGAUCUGUCUGACGACAAUCGUCCCACGAACCUUGGCCAGAAUUUCAAGGGCCUGUAUGAAGACGAAUGGACGGACGCUUUAACGUUCCUUACAGAAAAUAGAAAGGAGCGCAUCUCUGACGAGAAAGCCAUUGAAACACUUUAUAAACUGGUCCAGAAGUGUAACAGUCUGUGCGAAGAAGGGGUGGCGCUACAGUCGGCCAGGGUUGCAGAGCUUGUCAUCAGCCCUGACCUGGCUGGUUCUCCUAUAUUGGACGGACAGACUCCAAGUUCCGUUAACCAGCUACCAGCGAAAGCAUUGACAACAAAUCCAGCCCUGAACAUUCCGGUGAAUGCCGCUGGAAGUAAUCAUACAAGGGCUGGGUUUGCGUCAAGUAUGAGCGCAGCCACAACAAACCGCACUCAAGACGUUCAGAUUCAACAAUUAUCAAAAACAGUCGUGAUGAGAAGGAACAAGCCAAUCGAGCAACAAGGUCAGGGGAAAGAAAAGGCACUUGAGGGAGCAAUUAAAGACUUUUGCAAGAAUGUAGCCCCCAUGGUCAUCGAACAGUUCAACAUUAAGACACUGAUUAAGAACAUCAACAGUACACAAGAGUUCCCCGCUGACAUCUUCGAGAACAAAGACGUGCUCAAGUUUUUAACGAAGUGCGUGCGCCUGUGUUGGUUGAUGCAAUCACAGUACCCGCCCAUGAUGCUUGAUUUCUCCCACAAACCUGGAGAUCCAUUCAACAAGGAUAUUCUGACAGCGUAUUCUGCCCGCGGACCAAGGAUUGCCUUCAUUGUAUGGCCCCCGGUAAAUCUACACAAGGGCGGACCUCUCGUCUCCAAGGGAUACGCAGAAGGAAAAAACCCAUGAAUUGCCUCAAUGAUUGGAUGUUGUCUUGCCAGCAGUGCUUUAUUUGCACGCGUAUUACUAGAAGUUUGACUAUGCCGUUUACAUAGAGCCUAUCAUAUUCAAGCUUACAGUUUGUAUUAUUUGUCACACAGUGUACAUGAAUGUAUUUCAAUGUCUGCUACACAGAGUAAGAGAGUUUAUUGUAGUAACUGCUGCACAGAGUAAGUGAGUGUUGUGUAGUAUCUGCUACACAGAGUAAGUGAGUGUUGUGUAGUAUCUGCUACACAGAGUAAGUGAGUGUUGUGUAGUAUCUGCUACACAGAGUAAGUGAGUGUUGUGUAGUAUCUGCUACACAGAGUAAGUGAGUGUUGUGUAGUAUCUGCUACACAGAGUAAGUUAGUGUUGUGUAGUAUCUGCUACACAGAGUAAGUGAGUGUUAUAUAGUAUCUGCUACACAGAGUAAGUGAGUGUUGUGUAGUAUAUGCUACACAGAGUAAGUGGGUGUUGUGCAGUAGCUGCUGCACAGAGUAGGUGAGUGUUUUAUAGUAUCUACUACACUGACUAAGUGGGUGUUUUGUAGAUACUGCUACACUGACUAAGUGAGUGUUUUGUAGUAUCUGCUUCACUUACUAAGUGAGUUACUUGUAGUAUUUACUUUACUGACUACGUGGGUGUUUUGUAGUAUCUGAUACACUGACUAAGUGAGUGUUUUGUAGUAUCUGCUACACUGACUAAGUGAGUAUUUAGUAGUAUUUACUAUACUGACUACGUGGGUGUUUUGUAGUAUCUGCUACAUGACUAAGUGAAUGUUUUGUAGUAUCUCCUACACAGUGUGAGUGUUUUGUAAUAACUGCUACACUGACUAAGUGAGUGUUGUGAAGUAUCUGCUACGCUGACUAAGGGGAUAUUUUGUAGUAUCUACUACACUGACUAAGGUGGUGUUUUGUAGUAUCUGAUACACGGUCUAAGUGGGUGUUUUGUAGUACCUACUACACUGAAUAAGUGGUUGUUUUGUAGUAUCUACCACACUAAGUGGCUGUUUCGUAGUAUCUGCUACACUGUCUAAGUGGGUGUUUUGUAUUAUCUACUACUCUGACUAAGUGGGUGUUUUGUAGUAUCUGCUACACUGACUAAGUGGCUGACUAAGUGGGUGUUUUGUAGUAUCUGCUACACUGACUGAUUGAAUGUUUUGCAGUAUCUGCUACUUUGACUAAGUGAGCGUUUUGUAGUAUUUUCUUAACGGAGCCAGUGUUUCGCUGAACUAUGUAGACAAGCAAUAAAGCAUUUAGUUGUGAUAUUUAUCCAAAAAUAUGUUUACAUGUAAGUUUAAUGCGAUGCAUUACGUAGUGUUAAUGUUCAUGUAACGUUCCAUUUAGCUUAAAUAUUAGCCAACAGGGUUAACACGCGUUUACUUACGGUUUACUUUUUAACAACUUUCUUUACUGUGACAUUUGAAAAAAAUACUGUAAUGUUUAGAUUCUAACGAUAUUGAAAUACAUUUGUGAAGAGAUAUGCACGGAAAACACAAAAUACUAACUCUAUAAAAAAGCGAUAUUUUGGAUAUUCAGUACAUCGGUUGAUUUGUUGGAUUGGAUAACUUCGAGUUGCUUGCGCAAUGUCCAUAUCGCUCGAGACCGAUGCAACGACUUAAUAUACAAAUAUCAACCCAAUUACAUAAUAUAUCUAUUACUGCAUAUCUUUGUUUUUUUAAAAUUAAUAACAGUUCUUCACGAACGCAUUUAAUUCGACAACAAACGUGCAAUUUCUUUUGCGUAGUAUUGCGGAUGUAGAUUCGCGCAUGCGCUCUAGGGUUAUUGUGUGAUAUGAAAUCAGAAAUUAAGUAUGUUAAAUUUUAAAUUAUGGAAUAAAAUGUGAUAUUUACAAAAUUGUAUUUAGAUUAAAACGCACCAACAUUUAAAAUACAAGUUACAUAUUUGUAUAGUAUUUCUGUUUUGUGGCAAAUUCAAAUGGAAUAAAGAACUAGAAAAAAUGAA